CUUUUGUAUUUAAAAACUCAACGGUCAUAUUGACAGUUUUACAUGACUAGGCUCGCAGAUUGUUAUAAUUUCGUUAAAUAUUGUCCUAAAUGAGUGAUUUUUAGUAAAAAGCUUUCAUUAAAUAAUCAAUCAAUUAGGGUAUACCUACAAUUAGUAUAAGAAAAUGGCAGAAAUAAAGAAAAAAAGGUGCUCUACUGAUGAUCAAAUUGACGUGAAACCACCAAUAGAUUUAAUUCAUUCCACGCCAAAAUCAAAAAGUUCGCGACCUUUGAGGACAGUUUUGCUGGACAGUACCAAUACCAAAGAAAUGAACGAUUCGCCUUUGGUGAAAACAAUUACUGCCAAUGAAAAACCUAGAACUGAACCGAUAGUAGAAGGUGAUGCAAUUUCUAGUCAGAAUCGGAAACCAGAAAGUAGUCAAAAUCCUAGUGCAACCAAACAAGGUAAAAAUCUACAUAAGUGGACUUUGGCUGAUUUUGAUAUUGGUAAACCUCUUGGGAAAGGAAAAUUUGGUAAUGUAUAUUUGGCCCGGGAAAAAAGAACUAAAUUUAUAGUAGCUUUAAAAGUAUUAUUCAAGAAUGCUAUAAAUAGUUGCAACAAUGAACAUCAAGUUCGUAGGGAAAUUGAAAUCCAGACACAUCUGAGGCAUAAGAAUAUAAUCCGGAUGUUUGCUUAUUUUCAUGAUGAAUUUAGAGUGUAUCUUGUACUAGAAUAUGCCCCAAAUGGUACUCUUUACAAGGCUUUACAAUCAGCCCCAGAUAAAAAAUUCGAUGAGCCGACAACUGCUAAAUAUUUUGCCCAAGUGGCAAAUGCGUUGAAAUACUGUCAUGAUCAUAAGGUGAUUCAUCGUGAUAUUAAACCGGAGAACUUGCUCAUUGGUCACAAUGGCGAAAUCAAAAUAGCUGAUUUUGGAUGGUCUGUUCAUGCACCUUCAUCCCGACGAGAAACACUUUGCGGAACUUUAGAUUAUCUUCCUCCGGAAAUGUUGCACAAUAAGCCCCAUAAUGAGAAAGUUGAUUUGUGGAGUUUAGGAGUGUUAUGUUACGAACUUUUGGUUGGACGACCACCUUUUGAAACUGAAAAUUAUGACAAAACAUACGAGGCUAUCAAAGUUGUCAAAUAUGCAUUUCCUGACCAUCUUUCUGAAGGAGCUAAGGACCUAAUUUCCAAAUUACUUGUGCUGGAUCCUGAUGAAAGAAUAGGCUUAGAAAAAAUUGUAAAGCAUCCUUGGGUUUUGAAAUAUUCCACCAAAUGAUUUAUUGAAAUAUUUUCACACUAUGUAUAUUUUUGGGUGAUUUUAUGAAUUUUUCAAUUGUCUGUCAAGAAAUGUGAUUGGGCAUAUCUACACAAUAUAGUGUACUUUGUAUCUGAUUUUUCAGUAUAUCAAACCUGUUCUUUAUGUUUUUAGACAUGAGAGCUUGAAGAAACGUUUUUUAUUUUUAUUUGUUCUGAAGUUAAUAAUUGUUUUUUGUUAUUUCUUGACUGGAAGGUUGAUACCUCAACUCAAAAUAAUUUUAAGUAUUAACCUGAAUGAUAGGUCCAAAUGGUCUAAUGUUUUCAUUCCAGAGUGAGUGCCAUUGUUAUUAAUUAAAAUUGUUCAGAAAGUACCUAUUAGAACCUUCAGUCUUUUUCUAAAUUGAUGUGGUUUAUUCACCCGGGCAUAUACAUGCAAACAAAAUGAUGAUUCGUUGGAUAAUAUAUAACAUAUUGAUUCUCUCAUCUCAUAAAACAAUUCUUCAAUUUUUACUCUAACUUAUACUUUGAAUAUAUUGGUGAUCUAAUUGAUAACUUGAAUAUUGUUCCUUUUUAAAUUAUUCUUAUUAAUAAAUUUCUUUAAAAGUA